UGGUUCUUUGAGAAAGAGUUUCACUAUGUAUCCAGGUUAGCUUGAAUCUUGCUAUGUAGAGCAGGCUAGCUUGGGACUCACAGAGAUCCUCCUGCAUCUGCCACUCAGAUUCUAGGACUCAAGGCAUAAGCCCAGCAUAUUUGAGGCAGGGGCAGGCAGAUAUUUGUGAGGCCAGCCUGGUCUACACAGCAAGUUCUAGGGCAAGACUACACAGAGAAACCCUUAAACAAAACAAACAGGGCUGGGGAUUUAGCUCAGUGGUAGAGCACUUACCUAGGAAGCGCAAGGCCCUGGGUUCGGUCCCCAGCUCCGGAAAAAAAAAAAAAAAGAACCAAAAAAAAAAAAAAAAAAAAAAAAAAAAAACAAAGCAAAAAGUGUAUCCCAUCACCCUUGACCCAAAACACAUUUUAAUGGCUCUCUCUUGUUUGCACAUUUGUUGAUAGAACCUGGUGCUGAAUUCAGACUUCAGGAGCCAGGGUUUCUUAACGGAAACAAGAAUUCUACCACUGAACUAUACUUCCCCCACCCCCACGCCUGAGGCCAAGAAUUUCCCAGGAGCUAAUUAAAAUAGAAUAACAAAGGGAAAACUAUAAACUCUCUCCUUAUUCUUUCUUAUGACAUGAAUAGGAAAAGGAAUGUUAUUUGAAAUAUGACACUGAAAAAUUGUGUACACUUAUUGUGAGCCACUGAAGUUGACAUAGGCGUGAAAGCUUCACUUUUCAAGUUUUCCAAAUUUUAAGGCAAUGCUACUCCACAGUGCAGAAUUAUUCCUUUCUUGUGUAGCUUCCUUUUAUAGAUCCUCUUUUGUUACUGAGACAGGGUUCCCCGACUAGUGUUGGGUUUAAAGGCAUGAGCUACCACUUUCAGUUCUUCAUAUAUCCUCCCGAUGUUUAAACUGGCUAGACAUAACAUUUGAAUAUGUAAUCUCUUGACUGGAGACAUUGAACCCUACAUCUAAGCCAAGUCAUAGAAGUUUCUUUCUCCCCCUUCCUCCUGUUUUGUCUUUUUGAGACCCACGCUUCUAAAUUGCUAUUUGGCCGAGGAGUACCUUAAACUCCCCAUCCUUUUUACUUCCCUAACCACGUAUUGUGAUCACAGGCUUGUACAGCUCCAUAGGAUUUAUGGAACUUUUCUUAGGCUCACUUGAAACAAAUGACAAGGCACUCUAAGGUAUUCCUGUUAUCCGCUCCUGAUUAUGUAUGCCAUUUAUGCAACCGAUUUCACUAAAGAAAAGUAGUUAAGUAAGUGUAGACUGAGUUGUCAAAACGGAUGAGUAAUAACAACCAAGGAAUACUUAACCCGUCCCCAUCCACUCCGUACCCCGCCCCCAUUCUGUCUUUGCGGAAUGCCUCGUGCAGUGAGAAACUACACUUCCCAGGAACCUCUGCCGGUGAGGCGCAAGGCAAGGUGGGAAGAGCUGCUGGAUGAACAACCGUCCUAUUGGUGUGCAACCUGAAAGGCCGCCUGAGCUCGUGAGCGAUUGGUAGGAUUUCGUAGACGCUCGCUGAUUUGAGUUGUUUUUCCGUUGCGUUGUUGGAUUCCAGGGGUUAGUGCUUGGUGAGUGUGGAUUUCGGGGUAAAAGGGUGAAAGGGUUUUAGGGUAGAGGUUGAGAAGAAAAUCUGGUGGUAUAAAAAAAACCUUCGUAAUCUGUGUACAGGAGACUAAACCUGGGGUCCUUAGGAGAUUUGGGACCAGUCAAGUGAAGAAGGUCUGCAAAGAGAACUCUCCGGGACGCGGAGAACUGUAUGAAUAAGGCAGAAUGAAUUUUACUCCGACACAUACACCCAUCUGCAGAAAAAUAACAGUUGCCUCCAGGCGCGGUGCUGGCUCUGGCUUUGAUGAUACCAACAGGUGGAAGAAAAUGGCAGACUCAGUGGAGUCAACUCCCCUGCCUUCAAUAGAGGAUCGUCUGGCUGUCCUUCGCCCUUCUCAGGAGCUUCUGGAGUAUUAUCAGAAGAAGAUGGCUAACUUUGAGGCAGAGAAUGAAGAUGUGCUGAAGAAGUUAGAGCUCUACAGAGAAACUUGUGAAGAACAGCAUAACCUCGAGUGGAGCUUGCAGCAGAGAGAGGGAGAGAUUGCUGAACUGCAGAGAGCCCUGAGCGACAUGCAGGUCUGCCUCUUCCAGGAAAGGGAGCAUGUCCUACGACUCUACUCAGAGAAUGACCGGCUAAGGAUCAGGGAGCUGGAGGACAAGAAAAAGAUUCAGAAUCUAUUGGCUCUUGUGGGAACAGAUACCGGCGAAGUGACCUAUUUUCUUAAGGAGCCUCCUCACAAGGCCAGCAUUCUCCAGAAGACUAUCCAGGCCGUAGAUGUGUGUGAGCCUUCAGCUUCCAAAGCAGAUCCUACAGUAAGCAAAAGACGAAUAAGAGUAAAGGACAAGGAAGACAUUUCUGAGCGUUACCAGAGGGACAUACAGACACUCCUCCUGCAGGUGGAAGCACUUCAGGCCCAGCUGGGAGAGCAGACAAAGCUUUCUAGAGAACAAGUCGAAGGGCUCAUGGAGGACAGACGGAUCCGAAUCGAGGAGAUCCAAGUUCAGCACCAGAGAAAUCAAGAGAAAAUCAAAGAGCUGACCAAGAGUCUCCAUCAUACCCAAGAACUGCUCUACCAGAGCACCAAAGACUUUCUACAACUAAAAUUUGAAAACCAAAAUAAAGAGAAGUUGUGGAUGCUUGAAAGAGACCACCUGAUGUCAGUGAUGAAGCAGCACAGAGCGCAGUACAGGAAGAAAGAAGACAAGCUUGGGAAAGUCGUUCCCACUUUACAUGAGAAUCAUCAUGCUCAGAAUGAGUAUGUGAAGUCUCUUAAGGAUAAGCUAACACAAGAGAAAAAGCUGUCCAACAUGUACCAAGAACAGUGCAUUUCCCUAGAAGAGGAACUUGCUCGAAUUCGGGAGGAAGAAGGAGUGAGGAGAGAGAUCUUCAAGGAUCGCUCCAACAAGAUGGGCAAGCGCUUACAGAUAAUGACAAGACGCUAUCAGGCCUUGGAGCAUCGACGAAUCCUGGAAGUAGAGGGCUUCAAGACAGACAUUAAGGCUCUCCGACAGAAGCUGAGAGACCUGGAGCAAACGCUCUAUAAGGCAACCAUGAACACCCAUGGAAAUCAGGAUCUGGCCAUUCUGUGUGAAGUCCGUGAUAGCAACAGGAGAGCUCAUAAGAUACAAGGAGAGCUGAAGAGCCUCAAGUCUAAAAUGUUCAGUCUAGAGAAUGAGCUUAGGCUGUGUUGAUGUCUCCUUUCAGGGUUGGUUUCCAGAAACCUGAGGCAAGGUCACCUGUUCCUGGAGAGUGGACAUGGAGUUGUCCAGAGUAGUGACAUCAGUUUUAAUGAAGAUAGUGUUAAAGGCAUGAUAGCUCACACCUACAAUCCCAGCACUUGGGAAACUGAGCCAGGUGGAUCUCUCUGAUUCUAGACCAUCCAAGGCUACUUAAUAAGACCCCAUCUCCAAAAACAACAAAAAUAAAACAUCAAAACCAGAGAGGAAAGAAGAAAACCAGAAAACAGUGGCAAAUCUGGCCCUGGGAAAGCUGCACUAGCAGACUGCCGUCUCCGGUGGCCCUGCUCGCCUCACUGGGGGUAGGAACUGUGGCCGAGACUUUCCUGCUCUUCCAUUGUAUAUGGAUGGACUUUCCUGUCUAUAAAGUCAGUGAUGGGAUGUAACUUACCUGGGGAAGUGCUUGUCCACCGUACGGAAAGCCCGGGUUCUGUUGCUAGCACCACCUAAAGCCAGGGUUGGUGGCUCCCUGCAGUCACCACUGGAAAGAGAAGUAUGUAGGAGAAUCUGAAGUUCACAUUCACCCUUGGCUGUGUGGUGAGUUCCAGGCUAGCCUGGGCUACAUAAGACCGUGUCUAAAAAUGAAAACAAGAAACAAACAAAAACAAGAAAACAAACUAAGUGCCAGUGGGAGAACAUGUUUCCAGGAGGGCCAAAGUCAUUCACUAAAGUGCAUUCCUACUCAGGGAAGGAAGGAAGCAGCAAAUUACAUGGGCAGAUUCACGGACUUAGCUGUGCCCAAGUGACUGACCACCAGGGGGCAGCAGAGCCCUUGCUCCUCAGUAAACUUGGUCAUCAAGAAAAGGGUGCUACUUUAUGUACAGUAGGCAAAACCAAUAUGGUAAUUUAUGUGAAGAAGUUUAACAUUUUAUCAAUAUUUUUUAGAUUAUUCAAAUUAAUAUUUUCAAUAAAAUGUAGUGUUUAAAACA